AUGGGACAAGAAACAGGCAAUAUCAUGUUGGUGGUUUUCCACAUGACCAUCUCAAUCCAUGAGUCUUAUGAAGACACAUCACUCAGUGGUGCACCACGUGCUCCCGUCCUUGCUCACACCUACUUGGAAUUUCAUAUACUACAAAGUACACUAAUCAUAGAGCGACCAAGCUUUGGACUGCAGACUAAAGAUUUCCCCCUUCAGACCUAUUACCACCAGUGCAGUGUCGGUCACGUUUUCUCAUUCAAACCUGGCCUCUUCUUUGCAUCUCCCGUGUGUGUGUCGGUGUGGGUUUUAACCGAUCUACGCUAUUUGUACGACUUCAUCAGCAUUGAGAACCGAGGCGGCUGUUUCUCCUCUCUGGGCCGAGUGGGAGGGAUGCAGGUUCUGUCUCUCAACAGAAGAGGCUGCCUCUACCACGGCAUCAUUCAGCACGAGAUCAACCACGCUCUGGGCUUCCAGCACGAGCAGACCAGGAGCGACCGGGACCAGUACGUGAAGAUCAACUGGGAGAACAUCGACCCACAGAUGGCCUACAACUUCUACAAGCAGAACACCAACAACCUCAACACUCCUUACGACUACUCCUCCAUCAUGCACUACGGAAGAACCGCCUUCUCCAUCGCGUACGGGAAGGACUCCAUCACCCCCAUCCCCAACCCCAAUGUCCAGAUUGGCCAGAGGCAGGGAAUGUCCUACUGGGACAUCAUGAGGAUCAACGCUCUCUAUCAAUGCUGAUCUUUUACUGAUGUCUCUCUGUAAACUUUCACUGUCUGUCCAGUUCAUUGAAAAACAUAUUGUCAAACAAAUGUUUGCAAUUAAACUGCUGAAAUCAAUUAUUAUGUACAAUAUAUUUUAUUAUUGCUCAUUGAAUAAUGACCAUCAUCAGGGUCCCAAUUUUCAAAACCCACCUUCCCCUGAAAUGAAGGAAACACAUAUGGAAGAGCUAUCUCCACAAUGCUAGUGCCACCUGCUGUCCUUUUUGCCUCUGUGAUAUCAAUGAUAUUCCAUUUAGUCAAAAGGCAUCCAAUUAU